CCCUCUGGCCUUCCCCUAGUCUUCUAGUUUCCACAGCUGGCAGUGAACAGCAGCAGGUGGUUGCAUGCCAGGCCUAGACCCUUACGAUUGUAGUACGCCUUAGGAUGCUCCUGGUGCUUUGAGUUGUACGCUUAGAUACCGGCAGCCGUACACAAGGAACAUAGUAAAAUUUAUUUUCUAGUCCGCGUCACCGGUUGUGUGUAAGAGUAGUCGUUCUCUCCCAGAUAGCGGCGCGAGAGUGGGUUUCUGCCAGCCGGGAUGACGCCGCUGUGGAGUCUAGACCGAGUAGACAUAUCCUGUCCGCUGGCAUAUUUGGACCGUUAACCUAUUUCGCUCGUCGUCUUGGCUUUCCCAUAGUUUUUCUGGUGUCUAUAGUACCGAACCCACAGGCCUUCCCAUACUCUGCGCUUUUUCAGUCACUCAGCUUCCGGUAGCUAUUGCCUCGAGCGACCCUCUCGAAACCAGCUCGCCGCAACUCCCGCCUCUCUGCCGAGGGCUUUCUUAAGGGCGAUACUGUAGAAUCAACCGGUUUCUUCAGGCCGUUCUAGGAAGCGCCUCAAGGCUCGCAGCACCAUGCGACGGUUACGCGCACCUGUGAUCUCAAUGGGGAUACUAAGAGCAGGCGGGAGGGUGCGGGGCGUGGUCUUGUCAUUGCUGAUCAUAGCCGUCCUCUUCUUCUGCCAAACCAUAUUCGCUCGAGGCAUUCCUACGACUAGCCAGAACCGGCAAACAUCUCGGCAAGCAUCGGGGGUUCCGUGCUACGGAGAAGGGUGUAUGGUGGUGCGGCGGCAGCUGAGCCUGUCGGACUUCUUUAAGAGGUGGUUCGGCGGGUGGCGGAAGCCCGGCAAGCAUACCAAGAAGCGCCCGCCCAUUCGCAUCUUGCCAGGCAACAAGACCCUGGGGCUGAACUCGCUGCGGCGCAUGUCGCUCAACUCGCGCGCGCAGUUCAACCCCGUCUCGCGCUACCUCACCACAAACCUCGCGUUCGACCCCGCCACGGGCGCGCCCGUGUGGGACGUAGAAGGCUCCUUCGGCGUCGCCUCUCAGUACGCCGACCCCCCCGACCAGGGCCUGUGCAGCACGUGCUGGGCGUUCGCCGUGGCGGGCGCCGUGGAGGGCGCGUACUACGCGUUCACGAACGCGCUGCCCGCGCGCACGACGCUGUCGGUGCAGCAGCUGCUGGACUGCACAGCGGGGAGCUGCUGGGGGGGCUACCCCGAGGACGCGCUGCAGUACAUCUCGCAGAGCCGCCUGGGCACGGACUCGGAGUACUCGUACAGUGCCAUGGAGGGCACGUGCCUGGCUAGCAAGAUCGUGCCGAGCGAGGCGGUGCGGAUCACGCUGUACGAGCAGGUGCCGCUGCCGGGCGCGCUGGGGCUCAUGCUCGUGGUGCAGACGCAGCCCGUCAUCGUCACCAUCCGCGCGUCGCAGCCGUCGUUCGUCGACUACCAGGGCGGCAUAUACCGCGACGAGGAGUGCUUCGACCCCGACAACCCCGAGCUGGACCACGUGGUGCUGGUGGUGGGGUACCACUACAACGGCCCCUCGGCGCCCGACAACUACUUCCUCAUCCGCAACAGCUGGGGUGUGGCGUGGGGAGAGGGCGGCUACAUGAGGAUUGCCAUGAGCUUCAAAUACGGCGGCAUGUGCGGCAUGACGUACCAGCUGGGGCUGUAUCCUGUCAUUGACCCAACGAGCCGUGCGAGCUCGUGCAUUGCUAGCUGUGGCGGGGGCACGUGCGAGCUGCUGGCGGACAGAAACAACGCCACCAACGGCACCAGCACCACCAGCAGCACCAGCAGCACCAGCAGCACGGACAGCGCAGGGAGCAGCACGAGGACAGGAACGGCAGCAACUGCAGGCGUGGCUGGUGCUGGUAUGCUCUCCGUGGCUAGCGUGGAGGACGGGGCACUCAUGGGGGAGGAGGAGGAGGACUAUCAAGGCAUUGCGUCCGUCGCCCCUGGCUCCGUGUCGUCCCGCCCUCGCUCCGCGCGGCAGGUGUCACCCAAGAACAACCUGGACUUCGCGCGCACACGCCUGCGGCAGUGGAUGAACAAGGGGGGGAAGGCAUGGGGAGGCGGAGGCGGAGGCGGAGGCGGGAGAGGGGGGAGAGCGGUGACCACUACAGCAGCAGCGAGCAGCAACAAUCGCGCCGUCACGAGCAUGGGAAAGGGGCCGCCAGCGACCGCGGGAGCGGGCCUCUUGGCGUCUAAAUCGAAUGGGUUGGGGUCCUCUAUGGGGCAGGGGAAUGGUGUGGGUGGUGGGGGCAACACCGUGACGACGCCUGGGAGUGCUAGUGGCAGCACGAGCACCAGCACGAGCACCAGCACGGGAAGCACUGGAACGAGCACCACGGGAAGCACGAGCACCACGGGAGUUAUGGGAAGCACGAGCACUGCUGGGAGCACGAGCACUGCUGGGAGCACGGGAAGCACAAGCACUGCGGGAAGCACUGGGAGCACAGGAACGAGCACCGCUAGUAUCGGCACCAGUGGCAGCAGCAGCAUUAGUGCUGGAAGUACGGACAGCACAGGGAGCAGCGGCAGCAGCAGCAGCAGUGCAAGCACGGACAGCAUAGGGAGCACAGGGAGCGGAGGGAGCACUGAGAGCAGUGGGAGCAGUGGCACAGGUGGUGGCUCCAGCAGUGGUGGGAGCACGAGCUCGGUGGGGGGCAGCGCCAGUGCGACGACUGACACAAGCAGCACGGGAAGCACAAGUAGCAGCAGUGUUGCUACUGCCAAUACCGGCAGCACCAGCAGCACCGGCAGCACAGGUAGUGCUGACGGCACGGGUAGCACUGGCAGCACAAGUGGCACGGGAGGCACGGGAAGCACUAAAACCACGGGCAACACAAAAACUUUAGGCAGCGGUGGCAUCACCACAAGUGGUGGCGGCAGUGCCACUAUUGGAGGCACAGUGGUCGCAGGGAGCGUUGCAACCACCAGCACUGGCAGUACUGGCAGUAGCAGCAGUGAUGGCAGCACCGUUGAUGGCAGCACCGUUAGCAGUGGCAACACUGACAGCAGCGGCAGCACUGACAGCACUGGCAACACUGGCAGCAGCACUGGCAGCAUUGGGAGCACUGGCAGCACUGGCAGCACUGUUGGUAAGGGAAACACUAAAAACAGUGGCAACACUGACAGCAGCGGCAGCACUGACAGCACUGGCAGCAUUGGGAGCACUGGCAGCAUUGGGAGCACUGGCAACAUUGGGAGCACUGGCAACAUUGGGAGCACUGGCAGCAUUGGGAGCACUGGCAGCACUGUUGGUACGGGAAACACUAAAAACAGUGGCAGCACUGACAGUAAUGGCAGCACUGACAGUAGCGGCAGCACUGACAGCACUGGCAACAGUGGCAGCAGUACUGGCAGCACUGGCAGCACUGGCAGCACUGGCAGCACUGUUGGCACGGGAGACACUAAAAACAGUGGCAGCACUGACAGCACUGGCAGCACAGGAGGCACGGGAGGCGCGGGAAGCACCAAAACCACUGGCAGCACUGUUAGCGGUGGGAACGGGGCCAAGGCGGGUGGUGUGGAUGGCACGGGAAGCUCCGAAAGCACUGGAAGCACUGCGAGCACGGGAACGAGCACGGUCAGCCUGGGAUAUAUCUUUGCAGCCGGGGUCACAGGAAGCAGUGACACCACCGGUAGCACUGACAGCAGCGGCGGCAUCGGCAGCACUGCUAGCAACGGCAGCACCAGCAGCACCAGCGGCACUGGCAGCACUGAUAGCACUGGUAGCACUGGGACCACUGGGACCACUGGUACGUUGGGUAGCAUUGGGGGCCCGAAGAAUUCUGGAAUUAUAGCGGGGAGUGCGAACGAAGGGGAUUCUACCAGCAACGGAAACACAAACACCCAGGGGAACACAGGUGGUCAGGGGAACACUGGUAGUCACGGCAACACAGGUGGUCAGGGGAGCACAGUUAGUCAAGGCAGCACGGGUGGUGAGGGCAGCACGGGUGGUCAGGGGAAUACAGCUAGUCAGGGCAACACGAAUAGCCAAGGCAACACGAAAAGCCAAGGCAACACGAAUAGCCAAGGCAACACGAAUAGCCAAGGCAACACGGAUAGCCAAGGCAUCACGAAUAGCCAGGGCAACACGAAUAGCCAGGGCAACACGAAUAGCCAGGGCAACACGAAUAGCCAAGGCAACACGGAUAGCCAAGGCAACACGGAUAGCCAAGGCAACACGGAUAGCCAAGGCAACACGAAUAGCCAGGGCAAUACGAAAAGCCACGGCAACUCAGGGAACGCUGGUGACACAGCAAACACAGGGGUUGCAGGCAAGGGCAACUCUGGCAACGCGGGAGGCACCGGCAGCGGCGACAGCAGCAACAGUGGUGGUAACGGUGGCGGUGGAGGUUCGUCGUCGCUCAUUGGCGGAACUAGUGUGGGGGCCGCAGGCGGAUCGGCGGGCGGAGUGAAGAAAUCUCCCCCCAAGGCGAGGCCCCCACCCAGCCCACGGCCCCCAGGGGGGUCUGGUGUGCCGCCGUACUUUGAGCAAAUCGACCCAUGCGCACCCCCGCCGGAGCCCCCGACGUAUGGCGGGUACAAGUGCGUGUGUGCGGAUGGGCUCACGAUGGUCAACAAUAGGGAUGGCAGCCAGGCGUGCGUGCUCGAGGAUGUAUGCGGGGUGUUCAAGCUGAACCCGUGUGGCAAGGGCACAUGCAUGAACGUGGGGGACGGCACGUACACUUGCGUCUGCCCCACUGACUUCGUGCUCAGCCAGCUCAGCUCUGGCGCAUCCACUUGCAUCCCCAGGACGUCGGGUGCGGUGACGACGUACGUGACUCAGGCGGGCGACACGUGCUAUGCCAUCUACUCCAUGUUCGGCCUCACGCACUCCGACUUCCUUGACCAGAACGAGGGUGUGGAUUGCACCAAUCUGCAGCCCGGCAUUCUUCUCAACGUCUCCGCGCCAGCCUCUGCCCUCAUCUGCAUCACCCACUACCCCGUCUCCGCGGUGGACAGCCUAGCGGCGGGGUGCACGGCCCUGGAGGCCAAGUUUGGAGUGAACCUGACGGACCUCAACCCAGGCCUCAACUGCGCGCAGCUCAUCCCCGGACAGCAGGUGUGCCUGGAGCGUGCGCUGAACGUGGAGGGCGCGAGCAACUACCAGCUGUGCACAGAGUACCACAGCAUCGCAGCGGGCGACACGUGCGACACCAUCAUUGCUGCGGCUUCCAUCUCGUGGCUCACGCUGUACCGCCUCAACCCUGGGCUGCUCUGCGACAACCUCAACCCGCUCAUGCAGCAGGAGGUCUGCAUCGCGGGGGUGCCUCUGGGCGCGGUGGCGUGCGGUUCAGUGCGGUCGCGCGCUAUCCGCAACGUCAAGUACACGGUGCAGCUGGGCGAUACGUGCGGGUCGCUCAUCCUGAACCAGUUCCGGCGCAACGCCACGCUCGUGCCUGCGCUCAACCGCGGGUGGAUCUGCCGCCCCAGCAACCUCUUCCGCGGCAUGCCCCUCUGCACCCCCAUCUGAGCCCUUCGACCCAGAGUUCCUCCCUCUUUCCUCCCUUCCUCCCUCCUCCCCUCCUUUUCUUCUUACUCUAGCCAUCACUCCCUCCACGCUCUACCCUCCCUCCUCCCUCGUUUUGCCCCUUGUUCCUGCCUAUUCUUCGCCCCACCCGUCCGUCCAUCUUGCCGCCCUUUACCUCCUCGCCCCUCAAAGAACUGAAGGGGCGAGCAUGCUCAAUGCGAAGGCCUCAACAGCAGCCAAUUCCCUUGGGUCUCAGCAACCCCCUCUCAUCCCUCUAUCAAGUGGUGGUGGUGUACCGUGUACGGUAGUUCCUCUCCCACCUUCUGCGGCGUGAGAUGCCACUCCCUACUAUACAUAUGGUAUGAUAGCACUUGUGAACGAACUGAACUGACACUCUACCCCCUUAUAGCUGGGUGGGUGAGUGGUGUGGAGGCAACUCUAGACUUGCAGGGAGCGCUUUGAUUGCAGUUGCCUUCGCUGUUAAGGCCGCAGACAUACUGGUUUGUUUUUGCGUUUUUGUCCUGCUCCUUGUUAACAGCUGUAUGUAUUUAUAUAUUUGGCGCUAAGAGUAGAUUU